CAAUAUUAUUGCUAUACUCGAGAAAAAAUUACGUCCGUUGCAGGGAGCAGCUCGUAUGUGCCCAUCACUGUCAUACUCGACUCUCGACGGAGGCACUAUCUGAGAAUGGUGUGAAGGCGCUCUCUUCACUAUAGCAACAACUUUGAAGCUAGUAGGAAUAGCCUCGUCGAUACCUUAACAACUAUCUGCACAAAGGAAGGAGUGGUACUAGUAGCUGAUUGCCUAUACUAUACCCCUGCCAUCCAACUCCUCAGUCGUUUCUUUCCCGGAACGGUCUUUCCAACAAGAGUAUAAGAGUGAGGCUUGACUGGUGCAUCCCACUACUGUCGUCCAGAAGGAGAUAACACCGACUUGGGUAUCACCGCGAAUCUAUGCAAGCCAUUGUGUUUUGAAAAAGAGGUUCUAUAUACUCACUAUACAUUAAUUGCAACUGGGGGUAUACGAGAUCUUUUAAUUAAUAAGAACAACACACCAAGAUCAAUAAUAUGGGUAAACCGGACGAUUCCGAUGCCGAUCGGCGUCGCAAUGAAAUGAACAUGUUCUCGGCUUUUGCUCGAGGAGGAGGCGAUUUAUCAUCUGCCUUGGAUGACAGCACGGAUCAUAGUACUGCAGCCGCCGAGAAAGACGACAACAUUAGCCGGAAUCUGUUUGAUUCUGGAUCGAUGCAUAUUCCACCAAAGAAAACUGAGGAAGCCAGACAGAAAGAUGAAAUGGCAGCGUUUUCUGCAGCUGCUGGAGGUGGGGGGGAUCUUUCUUCCAUUGCCGGCUUUUCUGCAGCGGCUGGAGGUGGAGAUCUUUCUUCCAUUGCUGGAUUCUCUGCGGCUGCUAGAGGUGGUGGAGAUCUUUCCUCCAUUGCUGGAUUUUCUGCGGCUGCUGGAGGUGGUGAGGAUCUUUCUUCCAUUGCUGGAUUCUCUGCGGCUGCUAGAGGUGGUGGGGAUCUUUCCUCCAUUGCUGGAUUUUCUGCAGCGGCUGGAGGAGGUGGGGAUCUUUCCUCCAUUGCUGGAUUUUCUGCAGCUGCUGGAGGUGGGGAUCUUUCCUCCAUUUCCGGCUUUUCUGCGGCCGCCAAUUCCAGUGCCAGUGACACGGUCAACUUAUAUUCCGGCAUGGACUCGGGUACCUUUGCCAAAAAGCCUCCCGAAAUGGACUCGGGUACCUUUAACGUGACGUCCAGUUCUUCCAUCGCACCUUCUCAACGAAGCUCGGAUGUAUCGUACCUAGAUCAGGCAGCAGCCGCUUUGGCGCUAGGCUUUGACGAUGAUGAUGAUGACGACGUGGAGAAGAAAGAUACCAGAAUUGCGGGGCUGUCGUGGCCAAUACCCGUGUCUGGGGCAGAUCAAAGACAGCAAAAGAUGGAGCCAGAUUUCCCAAUGUACAAUGAGGAAGUUAGAAUGCAGAGGCCAUUGUUCUUUGGACCUUUGGUCCCACCACGGGUCUUGAAUGAAGCACGACAAAUUGUAAACAAGGCCCUUCAGGAUCAGGGGUAUGAUGGUCUAGAUCCCGACACGGGAGAGGUAAAGGAUGAAUCCAAGCCACUGCCUCGGUUGAGUUCCUUGCCACCCGAAGUGCAAAAUAUUGUAGGGACUCUUAGAGUGUAUGGACAUGGAUUGUCUGCAUUUCCCACGGAUUCAAAGAAAGAGGAAGACGAAGCAGCAGACAGCGACAAGCCAUUUUGGAAAGGUUCAUCGUAUGUCUCAUCCUUUCAACCCGUCUUUGGUGACACGGCACGCAUGUUCCGACAGCAACAGGGCAUGCUGGUAAACACUGCCCCACCGCCACCGGAAGACAAUGCACAACCACCAAGCGAGGGCCAACCACAACAAUCAUCUGGUGCCGUGUCCCAAGAGGCUUCCAGCAACAACAAUUCAGGAAACAUUGUAGGAAAUGAGAUUGAUGUUGACGCCAUUUGUCAAGAGGAAGCCAAUGCCGCCUUUCUCAAGAACAUCUCCAAUCAGGCUGGCACUAGUCCUCAAAACCAAACUAUCGUUUCUACCGCCAAGAAAGCGGUCGAACCAAAAGUCGAUCCGGCAAAACGAAGUGAGAUUGAUCUCUUCUCCAUGUUAGCCCGUGGUGAAGGAGGAAUGGAUGAUAGUGUUGGCGCCGCAGCAGACGACAACAAUAGUCAAGGGAGUUUUGGUAGCCUCACGAAAGAGAAAGACAAAAACGCGGGUGUGAGAAAGCAAAUGAGCAAUGUUUCCGAUCUGAGCGUCUCAACCCACUCCAAACCGCACAUUCCACAGAAUGGAGUUGCCGACUCUGAUGAUGGAGGAAAACCAAUGCCCAUGCUCAAUGCGGACGUGUUUGCUCAAUGGGCAAGAGGAGAAUCACCUGCAAACAAAGCAACCAAUGGAACCUUUUCUUCUGGCACAAUGACGAACACAUUCGUAAUGCGAGAAAAGGCAGCUCUCAAAAAGCCUCCUUCUCGACCUCAGUUUCCAUUUGGUGGAGGCGCUGCUGGGACCUUUCAACGUAUACCGGCAACCAAUCUGAAUGAUAGCGAUGAUGAUUCCAUUGUUGGGAGUGAACUGAAAAAGAAGGUUGGUGUCAACGAACAUUUGGAUAGGGCUCUGGCUAGCCUAGUUGAUGAGGGUCUUGCGCCGCAAACUCCAGGCGAUGAAGACGAAACGACCUUCCUACCGGUAAUGCGUGCCACCGAGGGUGGUAGACCCUUGAGCAACAUUGAGCUGACCAAUGGUUGUGUCCCGAUUUUUGGAGUCGACAACGCCCCACUUCCUGUGGAAGGAGACCUUGGGAUUCACGAAACCAAAAACGAUGAGCAACGGACAGCCGAGCAAAAGCGCUCGCAGGAAAUAAUAGACAAAUACGUGGGUCCAAAUGUCUUUGGACCAGUAGCUUGUCCAAAUCCCGCGACAAGCCCCGAUGACAACCACAGCUGGAAUUCGAGAUCAGCGCCAUCUCAUCGAUACAACGCAGGAGGUGGGGCUGGCGGGGGCAACCCUUCUGAUCGCGUGGGAGUCCCACCUGCAACGAUGGAUACUGCACACAGCCCCAAGCCUCCACCAGCCCCCAAUCGAAAGACAUCUAGGAACCAAUCUCCCAGGGUCGCCAGUCGCUCUAGGAAUCAUGCAUCUGCAGCAAUGUCGACGCCUGUUUCGAGGAAAACUACAUCAAAAGCUACUGCCCCGCCAAGUAGUGCCAAGCGGGGUGGGCGAUUGAAUACUCGACACAGAUUUGGAUGGUGGAGUCCACCAGAGAGCUUGGAGAAUGGGAAAGGCGGAGUCGUGUCUUCCGACCAUUCCGUCAUCAGCGGCUCUGAGCAAAGCAAUUCUUCGUCCACUGUACAAAACACUGAGGCGUCUUCACAAGAAGAUCCCCUACAGCUCCCACCGUUGUACCAUGCAUCGCAAAAUGUUCAUAUUGACACACGGUUGCAGCCAGGGCCUGAAAAGCUCAAAGAGGAGAAUCUUCCUCUCUCGGACCUACACUCGGCUACCGCGUUGGCCAAUGCACUUCCAUAUCUGUCUGACCGCCCACCGAGCUACAGAUACUUGCAGAUAGACACACAAGCAGUUGGUUUUCCCCCACUUGGCGCUGACGUGGAGCCCCUCUUCUGUUCCCUUGCAAUCUACAAUGUAGAAACAACGCCCGGCAAUGAUCACGGUUCCACACCCAGACCGGAUUUGCAAAGAUGCGGCAGGGUGACAGAAGUCCUCAAUUUUGACGUAGUAACUGACCCUCAGGUUGAAGAGAGUUGCAUUGGCUCGCUGUGGCCAUUCUUCGCAUCUUCAACUAUGACACCGCAGACAAGCAAGACAGGGUCUGUGUCGCAGGCGACACAGAACUCGCUGUCUUCAAACCCAUCGCUUCAAGGGACUCGGUGCGGUGUUUUCCCCUUGCCUUCCAACCUAAAUGUUGCCAAUCUUUACGCGGUCCUCAUUGUGCAAAAAGUGUUGGCGGAAGAUGCAGACUUUGAGAUUUACCUAAAACAGACCAAGUCAAGCAAGUCGUCGGGUGGUUUUGAUUUGAACAAAUUCCGCACGAAGGCAGAGAAAGCAUCCAACCAACACGGUAGUUUCCUUAUCCCUUUCGCAUUUGGUGUGGCUCCGCUUCUACAGGUGUUUGGUGCGGACAAUCCAGUUGUCGCAAGUAGCCGUGCUGUUCAAAUUCCAUUGUUUCGCUUCUCGGCUGGACAAGGAGAACGCCAAAUCAUUGAUCAUAUCAUGGUCAUGUUGUAUCCAAGAGCCGAUUUUCGGGCGAAUGGCAUCGGCGGGCCUGCUGCAGUGACCAAUGGAGGAACAGCCAUGUUGGUGAUGAGGAAUUUUGGAUAUCUUGGGUUGCAUGCGGUAGUGCACAGCAGAAGUUCUCUGGCUAGAGAUAGGCUUGUUGACUUUACAGGAGAAGUUCAGAUACGACGGAGGAACGAGCAAGACCCCCCCGUCAACAAAGAUGCAAUUGUGAAGAGGGAUGACCAGGUGUAUGUUGUGCCUCAAUGGCACCCUCAGUUCAUUGCAGAGCCAACGGUAAAUGGUGGGCGGAACUCGGUCGACCCUUUCGACCCUUACAGCGGCAAAGCUUCGACAUCUAAACUGGAAAAGUUGGAUGGCAAUCCCUCCCGGUCACAACUCUACGCACAGGAACUGGCGCCGGUUUCAUUGGCAUCGGCUCCAUUCGCGCCGACCGGCAGACAUCCGCCAUCAUCAAGUGCUUCGCCUCGAGCUAGGGCCCCUGUCAACCGCUCUGAUAUUGAACCCUAUUAUCACACAACAUUCUGCAAUGAACUUCUGUGUCACCCGCGAUUGCUCCACAGUUGCCCAAAAGGCAACAUUGUCAUGAAGGUUGAAAUGCGGGAGCUCGAAUGGAGCGAGGCCAUCAACGGUUAUGUGGCUCAUUUGCCAAGUCAUGGCCCCAGUAUUCAUAACAACCGCAGAGGCCCCUUCCUCAUUCAGGGAACGUACACAUCCUGUGCUGCCAGAAGCAGCGAUCCUAAAUUUUUGGACGAAGUGAAGGUGAAGCUGCCUCUGGAACUGAAUCCCAGAAAGAAUGGUUCAACUGUGAGAACGCUGUCGUUGUUCUUCUCUGUGUAUCAUGUCAAGUUCAAGAGCUCCAAGAAGAAAUGGUCAAAGGUCCUCCCAAUUCGAUCAAAUAAACGUGAUCCAAGAGUCUCGGGAGUCAACGAUGUUGAUGAAGCAACCGGCGAGAGAUCCGAGCACGGCGACGACGAUCGAAGUGGAAAGUGUAAACUUGUGUCUCUCGCUUGUGGGUUUCUCCCGAUUACAUCCCACGCCUGUCUUAUCGACAAUGGCUUGCACGAUGUGAAAAUGAUGUACAAGGCACGGCCCCCCACCUCCGCAAUGCGGUCGAAAGAUGGCAUACCUUCGAGUUGCUUGAUCGUCACCGAGAAGAGCGAAGCGUCCAUUCAUUCUCAACGGGACUCUCAAGCCAGUUCCGGCGUUGAUCCGAAAGAAGACGAAACGACCACUGGGAGCUCGAAAACGUACAGUGAAACAGAACACGUGGGGGGCGACGAGUCCGAUGACGGUGGUUUCUCUGAGACAAGCGAUCGCAGUGAUCGGUACAACGAUGCAUCUUCUCAUGGUGAUGGGGUUCACAAGACCAAGACAUCUCAAGGGCAAAUGUCACUUCAGGUGCGGAUCGUUGUCCAUUCUUCCCUCCAUGUCCAAAACGCCAUCUUGCGCGAUUUCCUUCACAAUGAAACUGACUACCCUGGCAGCAUCAUCACACUGGAGAAAGGUAAUAUGCAAGUAACAGGGCUCUCUCGGGAGGAGAUAGUUCGUCAAUUUUCGGCUGGGGCGGUUGGACUGUCACCUUUGACUGCAUCGGCUGAAGAGAGGCUGGUCAACUCAGUGGUGAGCGUCGCAAAGCCAUCACUUUGUUCUCCUCACCACAUGGUGAAGCAUUUGCUGAGAAUAGUUCCCAAGGUUUGGAGAACGCUAAUCUGCGGCACAGGAGAUUUGGCUUGGGCCAAUCCAGCAUCCAUAAUUCCGCUAAGAGUCCAUGCAUUUGCGUCACUCUUGCAGAUUGUUGGAAACGCCUCCGGAUUCAUGUCAAAGAGCGGCGUUACUCAGGUUGAUGGCGUGGGAAAGUUUGACCCCGUGACACUAGCUCGCGUCAUGUCAUGGGUUUACGAUGAAGAGUCCCUUUUUGGUGGCAAAGUGAAAGAACUUGUUGGGGACAUCGAUGUGUUCCUCAAAAGUGUGAAGGCGGCCAAAAGCUCGAAAAAAGAGGUAAACAGUAAAACUGCGGCGUCAGUAGAUGACGAUCCGAAAAAGGAAAAGGCGAAAAGAAGAAGGCGUCAUCAGAGGAGCAACUUUGAACUUUUUAAUGACAAUCCACGGCGGGCAGAUUCGAUUGACAUGUCUGAUCCCACUUCUGACUUUGGGGAACUGGUGUCUGGCUUGCAGCUUCCUACCACAAAUGAUUUAUCUACGCAGCAUGCAGACGCCCCAGCGCCUCAGAGUCGACCGCCAAGGCAGCGUUCGCCUCCUCCGCCUGCCGCGAGGAACGUUUCUCCCUCUCCUGACAAAGAGUUGAGUUCCGCUGGUGACUUCGACUUUGCAAGUCUCAGUUCGCUCAGUGAUACGGAUUCCAUCACCACGCCAGAUGCGACGUCAGCCAAGCCGGCGGCGAAGGUGGAUUCAAAAUUCGAUUUUCAAAGCAAUUUGGAGUUGGGGCUUCAGAAUGAUGAUGAAGGCUUGAAUAAAUUUGAUGCUCCGCUCACAUCUAGCAACACAAAUCACCUGGUGCAGCUGUUUGGAGGCAUGUCAGGGACAGGAAAGAAGAAGUACAUGACAGCUCCCGCGUCACGGCUGGCGACAAUUCGCGAAGAUGACGAUGAUUCCGACGUGGGUACCGGUGUGAGCACAGAAGGGAUGCCCCUUUCUCCACUUCAGCCGUCCACUUCUGUCGAUGAUCCAGAUGACUCAGUGGCCUCGGAGCUGGUGAUUACGGCCAAGAAAGCUCCAAAAAUGUUCCGGCGACCAAAGGUAACAGGUAGGGCUGCGCCUUCGAGCCCGAAGAAGUCAUUGGAUUCCAACCCGUUGAACCCGGAUCCUCCAGUACCUUCCGUACCUGAGCCACUUCGUUUACCAGAACCGAAGCACAAGUACGCCACGAUCAGUGGGCUUUCUUCGCUGGAUCCGCAUGGUGUUCCACCAACGAAAGGCCAUACAAUGUCCGCAGGGGGUGCCUUCUUCGACUCUCUUUUCUCUGAUCUUAAUUCGGGGGAUCUAACGGGUGGCCCUCCUAAUGGUGGCAAAGGGAAACAUAAACACCGGAAGACACAAAGCAGAUGUAGCUAUGAUUGGAGUCUUCCUGGCGAUGAACCAGUUGCAUCCCACGAGAUUAAGGCACCCAAGCCAGAGCCCGAUGCAAAACGUGACGAAGACAACAAUGAUGAUCAGGACGAAUCUAUGUCUACGUUGGAGCUUGAAGAAGAGAAUUGUAUACAUCUCCCCAGUUACAUUGAUCGCCUGGUGGUACUUGGGGCUGCACCAUCGGAGAAAGCAUCAGGGCGGUGGUUUCCGUAUACAUACGAGGUGGUUAUCUGCAUGUGGACAGCUUUCUUGGUGCAGCAACGAAGCAAGGGCAACGUCCCUGAUGCGAACUCUGUGAAAUCGGCACAAGCCGACGACAAUGCUAGCCUUGCAGCAGCCGCAUCAGGUUGCCAAAGAGGGACUGUUGCUUGUGCCCCUCUUCUGUUCGAGAUCAUCAAGCAGAGCUUGGGUUUCCGAGUACGAUGUUUGAUGCGUGAAAUCCCUGAACACAACGGCCUUGACCAGCAGUGUCCUCCAUUGGUGGUUCUCGAUGAUACGCUCCAAUCAAGCCUUGAACGAUUGGUGUCCAUGGUGACAGAUGCUUGCCUCAACAGUCGCAACUUUGACUCACGGGAUGUGCGACAAAUGAGCAUUGAUGUUAACGAUUCAAUUGUCAGAUUUUUGCGUGAUAUGUUUGGGUUUCUCAGCCCCAAAAGUGUUCACCGCUUGAUCAUUGUGUACCUCUCACGGUUUGUGACUAACGAAGGGAAGCAAUGGCAGGAUCGAGACUCGAGCAUUGGAUUGCGGUGCUCGUGGGAAAUAACCAAGCUGCGUCUGAACGCUAUGACUGCGUUGAUUCGAUUCCCUGACUUUCUCAGAGUAUGUUCGCCCCAAAUGAAUAAUUGGGGCACUCGAUGGACUAGCCUUCAAGGCAGUGCACUGGAUAGUUUCUUUGAUGGCGUGAUGCAGCAUUUCAAAAAGCUGGAGCUUGGAGAGCUUGCCGGCGAUGGCGGCUUGCGGCCUGAUUACGAGGUUCCAAAAAUGCGUCCUCACUGGCUUGCAGAAUUGGUUACCGAGAUCUGUCUGAACGGAAUAGUUCACGCCGAGCAGUACAUUCAACAGAGAGCAGCCUCGUUGUUGCACGAGCUAUUCUGGACCAGCAGUCAACACAGCAUGGGCAACGGCACCUCGGCGAUUGUCGCCAGCAUGUAUGCGUCGUUCUUGGAGAAAGUUGUGAGCCAGUCAAGUUACCUGUCGAAUUUUCCGCACAAGUCACAGCUGAGAAAGGAUAUUUUACCCUGUGUUGUGUUCGUUCUACAAAGCGCACCGAAUGGACUGCUUCGGGCGAUCUGGCGGAAGCUUUGCUUCGGUUCAAUUGGAAAAGGGAGUUUUAGUCGGUAUGGAGAGAUUGGGGUGUCAUUGUUUCCCGAGGGCGAUGACCACACCGGCCAAGAACAGUCGAAGAACUCAGCACUGACAAGAAAUGAGCCAGAUAUUCUUGACAUGUUUACACUGUUGAACCUGACGUUGAGUACAAUGGAAUACGAAGGUUGCGAAGAUCUCCUCGAGUCUGAUGCCGUUGGUGGGGGCGGUGAAGUUGAUGAUCAAAUAGGUAUCUGGCACAAAGAGUAUCUCUUGACGCAAGGAAAAGAAAACCAACAACCAUUCAUGAGCAGACGCCCCGGUUCGUCACAGAGUAGCAGGCUGAUGGGUUCUGCGAAUGACAAAGGCGAGAAAGCAGAGAAGGGAUACUUUAGCUCUGGCUCGCGCAAGUGGCAAUCUCACGACGGGGCAGUUGUGAUUGUCAAUUGUGGUAAUCAGAUUGUGACAGAGCUUGCAGCUCUGCUGCAGCAAUCAGGAGGAGGUCAAACGUACCUGAAUCGGUCAAAGCGGUCUUCGAUGACACGGGCUUCUACUGCCGAUUUCUCUUUUGCACACUUUGGAAGCAACACCAGUGACUUCAACUACUCCCGGGCGGAUACCGUCAUUUUUGUUCGUGCUGCCACUUCCCUUUACCUUCACGCCCUGGCAUUGCGUCAAAGUGAUAUUGUGUUGGUGCGUACAUUCAAGGUCUCUGGUGAUCUUGUCAAGAUGUUUGGAAUUAAAGUUUUCCUUGAAGCUGUUGGCGAGACACUACAGCACUGGAUGCGUGUCAUAUCGAUGCACUGUGGAGCUCGCCGCGCAGUCGUUCGCAUUGAGGCGACAGAUUUCCUUGAACUCAUUUUGCGAUGUACCUGGGAAAACUUUGGCAGUUUCUUUCGUAUAAGGAUCCCUUUACUGGCGGUUCAAACCGAGGUAAUGGAGCGAAUUGUUGCGAUUGCAUCAGCCAGAUAUUAUCGGGAAGAACGUCGCACAGGGUCAAACCUAGACAACUUCUCUAAUGCUAGCGCCGAAGCUAGUUUGGCUCCUCUUUGGAGGACACUCGAUCGCCUGCACACGCAAUGCGCAAGCCAAAAUGUUGCCUUUCGGGGUGCUCUUGUGCGUCUUGCAGAGAAAUUGAAGCGUUUGUACAGGGCUUACAUUGCAGCUCGAGCUCUUUCCUACCUGAAUGGGAUGCGUUCUUCACCAAAGCAUGCCAUUACUGAAAAAGAUGGUGGACCAAAAGCUUUCUCAGCAACCGAUGCUUUAGUACGAGCCUACCGAAUUACCGUGCUUCGGGUGAUCAAUGCUUCAGCUGGGUACAGCAAGCAGUUUCUUGGUUUUCAUGGCACCUCACUUUCCAACAGCUCCGUUGCCCAUUACGAAGCUGUCGAAGAUGCAUUUCUGGAAGCCGCGGCUGUAUUCUCUCCGACGGAGCUGCCAGAGCACCGCGUGGCUUGGCUACAAAUGCUAGUUGAUUUUCAUAAAUCACGAAAAAGGCUUGCUGAGGAGGGAACCUGCCAUUUUCGGAUCUACGCCACACUUAAGCAAGCCUCGUCGCUGCAUGGAUCUCUGUGGUCGAAUACCCCCUUCCUUCCCUGGACGCAUAACCAACCUGACUCGGUUCACAUCGACGGUGAAGCGCCGACGGGGAACCCCUUGGACUACGGUUCGGACUUGGACUUGGACGAGCUCGGAGAAACACCUUAUGGAAAGCAGUUGGAUGAUGCGAACUCCAGUCGACGGAUCUUCUAUCGAGUUGCCAACUCUGUAAGAGCCAACACCGAAGACUGGGAAACCGGGCUGAGCAAGACUCUGUUUAGUGGAGUAACCUUCGCUGCGGAAUACUGUUCUGUUAGUUCAUGGAUCACUCUCAAAGAAAUGGAGGAGAAGAUGGUGGAACAUGCUGUUUGCGCUGGUGACCUGUUUCUUCAGGCUGGAAUAAUCGAGAGCUGUCGUUAUUCUUGGAAUCUUGCAACCCAAUACUACGCAGAGAAGUUCAGCUAUGGGAAACUGGCAAACGUGUAUGGCUGCCUGGCAAGAGCCGUGGUGUCAAGAGUUCCUCCUAUUGAUGCAAGCACUCAGCAAGAGGUUUCCAUCUCGCUCGGUCGCUUCUACAGAGUGUGGUUCCAUGGCGGUGCUCCUGACGAGCUUAUCGGCGCUGAAUUUGUCUACCGGACUGCAAGUUGGAUCCGGCUUGAUCAAUUUGGCGACCAGCUCCGGGAAGUGAUCAAGUGCAUCAUCCCUGACAGAACUCCAAUCCAUCUCGUUCUCGAUGGACGGGUGGAUGAAGGGUCACAACGGGGCUACACUGGUUUCAGUCGUCUUGGACCUGCACCGCUCGAGCCCGUUCGCAUCAAGGUGACUCCUCUGCGGCCCCUCUAUGCCAAGGGAAGCAAGGUAAGAGGACUGCCAGAGUGGUUUCACCGUUACAUCGAUGAAAUGGCAUCUCGUGCCACAACCAACCAGUCAAGCAAGAGGCACCGAGGCGGACUACGAUCUGGCGUCAACGAAGAAAUGGGGCGUGUGGCUUCACCAGGGCAUCGUGGCAACAACCUUUCCUUUGGAUCAUCGGCAUCGGUGUUUGCCAGCUCCGGAAGUUCUGCCUCGGGGUCAAUGUUUUCUUCGAGGCGGUCUAGUUUGUCCAGAGCGGCAGACGGAAGCAGGGUACAGAACUCUGCCACCCCAACUUCGGCAGAAACAGAAUUAGUGGGAGUUGACAAGUUUGGCUUUUUGCAGCCUGCCCACAUUAAGGAUCGAAAUAGAGCAAACAAAGAUUGGUGGAAACCACCGUCUGGUGACUUUGCUCGGAAGAGUCUGAGAGUCACUCAGCUGCAGGUGGGACAGGCGUUUCCUGCUUGUGUUACUCGUCAAGCUGUGGUCCACCGAGUGGUUUUCAACUUGAGUCCAUUGGAAGCGGCAUCUGACGGAGUUUGCCAGUGGUGUUCAGUGCUGUUUCGAACAGCAGUUGCUACGAAUGGGAUGGCUGUUCUGGGUAUCAAUGGCGACCCUGGAAUUGGGACGGACGCAGCGAAGGUUGUAACUGAUUGCAUUCACUCUAGCAGAGUCAAAGAGAUGGGAAUGUUCCUCUUGAAGAAGAAUGUGGCAGAGGAAGACAGUUCUGACUUCUUCCAGAACUCAGACCGUUUGACUGACGAGGAAGUCAAGAGACACCAAAGCAAACUAUCCCGGACAAUAGUGGUGUUUCUAGAACUUCUCCAUUUGCUGAUUGCCCGAAAUCGAGACCUCCUGCUGAAUUUGAUUCAGGAGAGACGAAAAGAGCCCAUUCCCCCUCCACCACCCACGCACGCACCUGUGAGAAGCCAAACUGCCCACGCUGCGACCUCUGGGUUUUCAGGAUCAGUCAAUCCGCGAAACCUGGUGCGGUUGGGCAGCCAAGAUGGCUCAGAGCCGCGGACUGGUUUUAGCCGUUCGGUGACUGUCGAGGCCAUGCGUGGUAAUGUCCGUCACGAUGAUCGAAGCACAGUUGAAGACCAGCCCUAUGCUGGUAGUGCUUCGCUCGCUGGGGCUACUGCGAACGUUCGAAGUGAUGCUGCCAUUGCUGUUCAGAGUGAACUGCAGCGGUCCUACAUCUCAAUGGUCAAAUCGCUGUACCCAGGACUAUCUGGUAUUAUGCAGACUGACACCCCUGGUUGGCUGCGAAAGUGUUGCCAGGAAAACUACUUUUCUCUUGGUGCCUAUAGGCAGGCCCGAAUCCCCAUAAGCGAGGAACUCUACUUCACCCCAGUCAAUGAUAGCUACCAUCAAGCCCCUGGCGGUGAAAAGUUGGAUCAAAAUGGAGGUCGUUCCGGCUUGAGUAGUGACUAUCUACAUGAUCGAGCAGGCACCGAAUCUCCUUCAGGUACUAGCGUGGCGAGUAGUUCUGUCUUCUCUGGAGCUUCAGGACACAUGCGAUAUGGGAGCAAACAAGCCGAGGCAAAGCUCAACGAGUUCUAGAGCCAGAGCGGGCAGUCGUUGCUGGCCAUUUUGUGAACCCUGGAGAUUGAGUUUGGAUAUAAAACAAAAAUCUUGCUAGCUAGCUUGCGGCGGCUGUAGUGCCUUCGUACACAAUGUAGAUUGCACUGG